AUGACGGCGGCAGGCGGUGAGUGCUCGUUUCCUCUUCCCCUCUGGUCUCUCUAUGCAUGCGAGGACGGCUACCGGUGGCGCAAGUACGGCCAGAAAGCCGUAAAGAACAGCUCCUAUCCAAGGAGCUACUAUCGGUGCACGGCGCCGUGGUGCGGUGUGAAGAAGCGGGUGGAGCGGUCGCAGCAGGACGCGUCCAUGGUGAUCACCACGUACGAGGGGCAGCACACGCACCCGAGCCCCGUGAGCUACCACGUGCACAGGCACCACGCAGCGGGGCUCAUGGCCGCCGCCGGGUUCGCCACGCCGCCGCCGCCGCUUCUUCGGUUCUGCAUGCCCCGAAGACGACGGCCUCGCCUCCCGCGUGGCGACGAUGAACCAACAGCAGAUGAGCUACGACGUGCCCAGCAUACAGUACGCCGCCCCGCCGACGACGACGAUGAACCAACAGCAGAUGAGCUACGACGUGCCCAGCAUACAGUACGCCGCCCCGCCGACGACGACGAUGAACCAACAGCAGAUGAGCUACGACGUGCCCAGCAUACAGUACGCCGCCCCGCCGACGACGACGAUGAACCAACAGCAGAUGAGCUACGACGUGCCCAGCAUACAGUACGCCGCCCCGCCGACGACGACGAUGAACCAACAGCAGAUGAGCUACGACGUGCCCAGCAUACAGUACGCCGCCCCGCCGACGACGACGAUGCCUCCUCCUCUAUUUGCUAUGAGUGGAGGACGAGAAGCAAGGAGCAUUAUUGA